CGGCUACAAAGCGACGAAGGUCACGGCGCGAGGAGGUGCGCGCCGCCGCGCCCCGCGAUUCGCCUGCGGCCCUCGCCCGCGCCGCCGCCUACUGCCCGCCACCUGCCGCCCGCCUCCCGCCUCCCGCCUCCCGCCGACCGCGCGCGGGGAGCCAUGGAGGGAGUGAGCGCGCUGCUGGCCCGCUGCCCCACGGCCGGCCUGGCCGGCGGCCUGGGGGUCACGGCGUGCGCCGCGGCCGGCGUGCUGCUCUACCGGAUCGUGCGGAGGUCCCAGCCGACACACACGACCGUCAACUGCUGGUUCUGCAACCACGACACGGUGGUGCCCUACGGGAACCGCAACUGCUGGGACUGCCCCCACUGCGAGCAGUACAACGGCUUCCAGGAGAACGGCGACUACAACAAGCCGAUCCCCGCCCAGUACCUGGAGCACCUGAACCACGUGGUGAGCAGCGCGCCCAGCCCCUGCGCCCCUCCGCAGCCGCAGCAGUGGGUGAGCAGCCAGGUGCUGCUGUGCAGGCGGUGCAGCCACCACCAGACCACCAAGAUCAAGCAGCUGGCCGCCUUCACGCCGCGAGACGAGGGCAGGUACGACGAGGAGAUCGAGGUGUACCGCCACCACCUGGAGCAGAUGUACAAGCUGUGCCGGCCGUGCCAGGCGGCCGUGGAGCACUACAUCAAGCACCAGAACCGCCAGCUGCGCGCCCUGCUGCUCAGCCACCAGUUCAAGCGCCGGGAGGCGGACCAGAGCCACACGCAGAGCUUCUGCUCGGCGGCGGCGAAGGCCCCGGCCCAGGUCAUCGUGCUCCGCGCCCUCGCCUUCCUGGCCUGCGCCUUCCUGCUGGCCACCACGCUGUACGGCGCCGGCGACCCCUUCGCCCCGGGGGGCACCCUGCCCCCAGCGCUGCCCCCCGGAGGCAAUGGCUCGGCCACCCCCAACAACGGCACUGCCGCUGGGGCGGAGGGCUGGCGCCAGCUGCUGGGCCUGCUGCCGGAGCACGGGGCCGAGAAGCUGCGGGAGGCCUGGGCCUUCGGGCGGAGCCACCAGACCGGCGUCGUCGUGCUGGGCCUGCUUACCUGCCUGCUGGCCAUGCUGCUGGCCGGCCGCAUCAGGCUCCGGAGGAUUGACGCCUUCUCCGCCUGCCUGUGGGCCCUGCUGCUGGGGCUGCACGUGGCCGGGCAGUACCUGCAGGCGGCCUCGCCCAGCUGGCUGGACACGCUCAAGUUCAGCACCAUGUCCCUGUGCUGCCUGGUGGGCUUCACGGCAGCCGUGGCCACGAGGAAGGCGACAGGCCCACGGAGGUUCCGGCCCCGAAGGUACCUCCCCGGAGACCCGGCCGGCCUCUUCCCCGCGUGCCCCAGCCUGGCCGUGCCCUGCCCCAGCGUCCCAGGCUCUCCUCCGUCUCUGCUGCUCCCUGCCCCGCCCGGCCUCCUGCCCCUCGCCAGCCAGCCGCUGUUCCGGUCCCCCCGACGGGCCUCACCCUCCUCGCUGCCUGGCCGCCUCAGCCGAGCACUCUCGCUGGGGACCCUGCCCUCUCUGACCCGGACAGACUCGGGCUACCUGUUCAGUGGGAGCCGCCCGCCGUCUCAGGUGUCUCGAGCCGGGGAGCUUCCCGUCUCAGAUUACUUCUCCCUGCUGUCGGGGAGCUGCCCCUCCUCCCCACUCACCUCCCGGGCGCCCUCCGUGGCCGGCUCGGUGGCCUCCAGCUCUGGCUCUCUGCGCCACCGCAGGCCCCUCAUCAGCCCCGCCCGGCUCAACCUGAAGGGGCAGAAGCUGCUGCUGUUCCCGUCACCCCCCGGGGAGGCCCCCAGCACCCCCAGCAGCUCCGACGACCCCUUGCCGCACAACGGCAGCCUCUUCAGCCUCGAGCCACCCCAGGUCCCUCAGAGGCAGCCGGCGCAGGACACGAAGCACGCUCCAGACAUGAGGUCGGUGCCGGAGAGAAGCAGCGCCUGCAGCAGCCGCUCCGUCAAGAAGGAGGACGACUCCUCACAGUCGUCCACCUGUGCAGUGGACACCACCACCAGGGGCUGCCCUGAGGGGGCCGCCGCCUGGACAGGUCGUUUCGGCCCCUCCCUAGUCCAGGGCCUCCUGGCCGUGAGCUUGGCUGCCAACGCCCUCUUCACCUCGGCCUACCUGUACCAGAGCCUGCGCUGACCCCGGGGCCUCUGGCGCCCGCGGGGUCCCGGAGGGCGCACCCAGGUGCAUGCUGCUGCCGCCACUGCCGCCUCGGAGCCUCUUCCCGGGGCCCUGGACCAACUGCCUGGAGUCCUGGCCCCGGGACCCCUCCCCCCCACCGGACUGAGGGGCUGGCCUGGGCCGUGAGGCCACCCUCCCCCGCCCACUCUGGACUCACAUCAGUCGUGUUUGGUGCUGCCCGAAGCCAGGGGUCCGCCCGGGGGCUGCCCGGCCCUGGGGCCCUUCCCCCAGCCCCGCCCUGCCUGUGCGGGCC